UUUGAUCAGGAAGUAAACAGAAAAACAAACUAGCCGCAGACUCCAGCUGUUCUGCUCCAAAAUGUCGAUUUCAAACCCGAGACAGACGUUUUUAAACCCGGUGAUUCCCUUCGCUGGGACAAUCCUGGGGGGUUUGCUACCGGGGGAGAUGGUUCUCAUUCAGGGCUCAGUGCCAUCUAAUGUUGACAGGUUUCAGGUGGACUUCACAUGUGGCAACAGCGUGAAGCCGAGGGCCGACGUGGCGUUUCACUUCAACCCGAGAUUUAAGAGGUCACCGUGUAUCGUAUGCAACACACUGCAGACAGAGCGCUGGGGCAGAGAGGAGAUCCUGUGCCAGAAUCCCUUCACUGCCGGGGGGGCUUUUGAACUCAUCAUCCUCAUCUUGAAAGACAAGUUCAAGGUGGCUGUGAACGGAGGACACGUGUUAGAGUACAAACACAGAGUGGAUCUGGAGCGAGUCGACACUCUCAACAUUUCUGGAAAGAUCAAAGUUGACGCUGUGGGCGUCCUCCCCCCGAGCUCUACUUCAGUGUCUCCUGCAGCCAGUCUGACCAGCCAGGACUCAGAGAUGAAUCUGGUAAGCGACUCGUCAGGCGACUUGAGUAUUCCUUUCAGAGGUGAUCUGGGUAAAGGACUGAGCGUCGGACGAAGCAUCACCAUCAAAGCAGAAACCACUCACAAAGCACAGAGUUUCGGUGUGAACCUGCGAACGGCGGGCAGCAGCGACAUUGCUCUUCAUCUGAACCCUCGUCUAAAGCAUCGAGCCUUCGUCAGAAACUCCUUCCUGUCAGAGUGCUGGGGCCCUGAGGAAACAAAGCUGGGCUCCUUCCCCUUCAGUACAGGACAAUACUUUGAGAUGAUCAUCCUUUGUGACUCUCAGCAGUUCAGAGUUGCUGUUAAUGGGCUCCACCAGCUGGACUACAAACACAGAGUCAAGGACCUGAGCCGGAUCAACCAGGUGGAGGUGCUGGGAGACGUCACGCUGCUGGACAUCAAGAUCCGCUGAACCUGUUUUCACAAUCUAUGUAAAAUGUAUAUAUUGGUAGGAAGUGCCUGCUGCAAUAAUAACCUCACAUCCUUUAAACCGAGCAGUGUUAGGAGUUAACAAGUCUUAUUGCUAUACAACUUUACAACAACUUAACAUCUUUAUAUUAAAAUCAGAGAAUAUAUUAAUGACUCAACAUAGUUUCAUCCUGAAACAUAUCAAUCGACUGAUCUACAGUAUGUGCUUCUAUAACCGUUCUUCCUGUUAAUUUGUGACCAGAUCAAAUAAACUAACCACAUGAACCUGUU